GUAUACUCACAUUGCUUCAAAGAAGAGAGAGAGAGAGAGAGAGAGAGAGAGAGAAGACACAACAAAAAACAAUUUUGCGAAGGCAAAUAUAAAGAACAAAAAGGUUCCUGUCUAGUCUAGAGAUAGCAUAUCGAUCAUGACGCAGAAGAUUGUUAUUAAGGUGGAAUUGAGUAGCCAUAAACUCAAAGUAAAAGCCAUGGAGAUUGCUUCUGUCACAGAUGGGGUGACAUCAAUUGCAGUUGGAGAAGGAAAAGAUCAGGUGGUGGUGAUUGGGGAGAGAGUGGAUCCGGUUAAGCUAACCCGCACAAUCAGGAAGAAGGUCAGCCGCAACGCCAUCUUAAUCCUCGUGGAAGAAGUGAAACCCAAAAAAGAUGAUCCGGAGCCUUCAGUUCCAUUACCCUACCCUUAUCAAUAUUAUCCGCCACUGGCUUAUACUUAUUACUCUAUUUGAUGAUCAUGAAUCUGUUACUGUCACAUCCUUUUCACCUCUGUUUCGGUGUACUUUUUGUCGUUAGAUUAAGCGAAAAGUUCCCCAUACCUUAAGAUUCUCAUGUGAUUCAACUGCCAAAAUUGUGUCAGUUGAAUAAAGCUAAGUGAAAUUUUGGAUACUGAAGAUUUGAGGAGCUUAAUUAAAAGUUGUUACCAUCCCGAUAUGGAUUUGUGUUUGGAA